CUCGUUCAACAAAGGUGAAACCCACCCUUAAACUUUAUGAUUAUAAAGGAAGUAGGUGUUUUUUGUCUUUUGAGGUCAUUGUAAUAAGUUUAUGCUGUAAAGUAAGUUGGGGGGUUCCAUACCUUUAAAGCCAGCUUUGCUAUAACCAACUCCAACAGGAGAAAGAUAGCCAUCAUUUGAAGGAAAAAAGAGCAGAAGAGAGAGAGAGAGAGAAGAGAGUAGUGCUGCAAGGGAGAGAGGAAAGGGUGUUGCAGAGAAACCAAUGGCGACGCCGAAACAGAUGUGGGAGCAGCAGCAAUCGCAGAUGCAGCGAGUUAAGAACUCCGGUAUUGUCAGUUACAAUGGGAGCCCUGUAAAUGAUGACAAGGAAGAAGAAAUGUCAAGGUCUGCGGUUGCUUUGUUCCUGGCAAAGGAAGAAGAGAUUGAGAGGAAGAAGUCGGAGGUGAAGGACAAGGUCCAGGCUCAGAUGGGAAGGGUUGAAGAAACAACUAAGCGCUUGGCUGAGAUUCAAGAAGAGCUUGAAGCACUGACAGAUCCAAUGAGAAAGGAAGUUGCAAAUGUUCGGAAGAGGAUAGACAUAGUUAACAAGGAGUUAAAGCCACUAGGCCAGAGCUGCCAGAGGAAGGAGAAAGAAUACAAAGAAGCACUCGAGGCUUUAAACGAGAAGAACAAAGAGAAAGCUCAACUAGUUUCCAGAUUGAAGGAGCUUGUGGGUGAAAGUGAGAAGUUGAGGAUGAAGAAGCUGGAGGAGCUGAACAAACAUGUAGAGACUCUGCGUUAAGAUGUGCUAAUCAAGGAUUAAGAUGGGCUGCCUGUGCGUGUGUGCUGUAAUUAGGACCUUUGUGCUUACAAUUGAUAUCAUUUUUUUGAUUUUUUUGUCUCUUUAUUUCACUGGUUAUAUUCAAGAAAGGUUUUCUCUGGUAUUGACAUAAACACCCCCAACAAUAUUGCCACUGAAUGUAUAUGUAGAAUUGUGAGAUAUGUUUGUCUGCUAAUGAAAUUGUGAAAUGAAAAGGGAGCUAUUUUUAUGAAA